AUGCUUGCCACGAAGAUAGCGGCCACGCUGCCGCUCCAGGGCUGGGUCAGCUCCGCCAUCCAGAAGGAGCUGCCCUGGGACGGUGACGAUGAUAGUUGCGUAUGGUCCCUCGCAGCGGGCUUCAGCACCUCCUGCCCCACGGUGAACCCCCAACCUGCCCAUGCAGACCUUCCCCUUGCGCCCGUGAUCGGCCAGAACGCCAGCGUGUUGUACAACAGCACUGGCGGGCGCGCCCGUCUCCGCCGACGGGAGACGUGGAUGGCAUGGUGA